AUGGCCGAAACAUUAGAAGAUGACGAGGUUUUCAAUUGGAGCAGCAACAGAAAUCCAUUCGAUGCUUUGACAAGUGAUAGAGAUCAUUUUCCUUCUUUUGAGGCGGCAUUAGCACACGAAGAGUCAAUAGAGAAGGAAGAGAAAAAAGAGAUUGAAGAGCAAGAUGACGGUCUGGCUUUAAACUGGAGCAUUGAUGCACUUGCUGAGCUUAAACCCAUGACUUUCUCACCACUUUCUCAGCAAGAAAAGGCCAAUAACUCAUUUGAGACGUCACGUGGGACCAACAGCUUCUUUGAGGAUGAAAAACAGUACGACGUAUUGCGGACACCACUGCCAGUCAUUCGGUCAUCAAAAGAUAAAGCAGCAGUAGCGACAAGCAGAAGCAGGAAGACACGGACGACAUCUCCGUCAAUACCAAUGGACCUGCAUCGACGACAAAGAGCGACCACAACACAUUGUGCAGCUGGAAUGCAAGAAACUCAGCACAAAAUGGAGAAGUUGCUGCCUCCUCUAACACCAAAACGGUCGCCACGUCAACGGACAACGUCAUCGUCGCGAUCAACUUCACCGCGGCCAACUAAGAGGAACAGUCAUCGCACUGCUAUGACAACAAAUAACGAGUGGGAGUCACCUCCUGUGGGACGACCCAAGUGGUCGGCAUCACCCAUUGCGACGCUUUGUACGACCCCUACUGCGUUGCCUUUCGACGCAAUAACGCCGUCGCCGCUGGUGAAUACAUCUAGUAACAAGACACCAAAGCAACGCUCAAAGCUGCGGCUUUCCUUUGGACUCUCGCCUAUCACGUUGCCAUCCCCGGAAUAA